UGGUAUUCUCGUCGGCUCUUCAUGGAAAUAUUUCUCGAGCAACAGAUCAGCUCCCUCCUCUCAAUGAUUCUCUGUAAGAAGCUGCACAAUAAUCUGCAUAAAGAGCUUUCCUCAACGGAGGACCUGGCCCAGUUCGUAUGCUUUAGUCUUUGCCAAACUGUGUUCCUCAAACUUCAAAGUCCCCACAAAUUACAGCAGCUGCUCAGCUGCCACAGAUGCCAGAUGGAGCUCAACAAAGAUGCGGCAAUCGCACGACCAAUUUGAUGACCUACACAGGACCUACACUUUCACAGAUCAUUUGCAUGUCGAUUGCAUCGAGUGUAUUGCAGCAGCAUUGGAGGGCCAUACAGCCCCUUCUGACCUUCGGUGCCUUGAGGGCAGCUUCCAGCCUGUAGAAUAGAAGCGGUUUUAGUCUCUAGAUAACUCCUACUUCCUCCCCAGCUCAAAUCACGUCCACAGCUCAAGCAACGCAUGCUGAGCCUGAAUUUUCUAACCGCACAGACGUCUUUGAGCGGAUUUGAGCGUGCCAGCUCAGCAUGUGGCAAUGUCGCUCAGCAAGGGCGCACUCAAGCUUGCGUCCGUUGCGGAGCAGAUACUGGCCGCUAAGAAUCGGGCGGCGAUCCUUUCCCGGCCUGUUGACACUUCCCCCAGCCGCUUCCUUGCUGAUUUUCGCCGGGGCAACUUGCCGGGGGAAGUCAAGGUGUUUCCGCUCACGAAGGAAGGGGACUUGGAAGCAACGAAGUCGCUGGUGUACAUAGCAUUUGAAGUCAAGCAGACCCAGCCAGGGAAGCUCCAGUUAUGGUACGUGCCCCCCUUUCGUUUAAGCGCCGACAGCGGAGAGCGGGCGGGAUGGGUGCUCCUGGAUUCGCAGCCGGUAUGGGAGGAGUGUCUCGCGGACCUGCCGUGGUCAGACAAAGUCCGGCUCUCUCGGCUGGCCGCAUUCAUCGUAGAGCACUUGCCUCUAGACGACGUUCGAGCGCGUCAAGAGUCGCUUCACUUCGCGUGGGAGCUCGCCGUAAACAAGAACCGCCACGGCUGCUUCUCCCCGGACCUGUUGGUCGCCCUCCUCUCAGUCUUGGUCCUGAAUGCGGAGCCCGGUUCGAAGGCGACCUGCCUCCUGAGUCUCGUCACGAUCUGGUCGCUCUCGGUGUCAGCAGGGCUGAGGCGGCAGCUGAUCACGCUGGGGGCGGUGGAGCGGCUGCUGGUCCUCCUGGUGCAGCUCAAGGACGUCCCGUGCGCCGCGGCAGCGCUCUCGCACAGCGACCAGAGAAGGCUGCGCGAGUGCGUGAUGGGCUGCCUCUCGGUCUUUCUGUGCGACGCGCAGGCGCGCGCGCGCAUGUACGUGCCCGACGCCGAGGAGCUGGGGCUCGCCAUUACUGGAUCCACGGGAUGGAGCGUGCUUACGCAUUAUGCACAGGCCGAAACAGAGCCCGGUUCUCUGGCCCGCCACUCCCGUUCUGCCCGGGAGCUAGCCGCUGAGGCACUAUGCACGGUCCUCUGGCGGGAUCCCCUGGGAACGACCAUCUUUCUGCGGACGGGGGGAAUCGGACACUUGCUCCGGCUGCUCCGGUCGGACAGUCCGACCGUCCAGCGCGCCGCGGUGGGCGCGCUCUGUAAAUACAUGGGGACGGACAGCGGCCGCGCCCUCUUGGCCACGCGCGGGCGCGAGCUCCCUGAAACGCUCCGUCGGCUGGCCGACCUCCUGCGUAACGUCAGCAAGCGGCCGCGACACAAGGAGGAAAAGGAGCUCUUCGCCGCGAUCGCGGAUGGCGCCGCGGCCGCGCUUUGGGGCGCCGCCAAAACCAUGCUGUCUACGAAGGUACCCAUUGAGUCGAGCGACCUUUCCUCCCUUCUCGCCGUUAUCACCGACGGCCGGCGCGGCCUCAGAGGCUCCUCCGCCAACCGCUUCAUCGCAGUUACAGCAGCGCUGCUCGCGGCCGACGCGGCGACCGCCUCCAAGCUGGCGGCAGUGAACGCGCAGGUGCCGCUUGGAUUGCUUGCAAGUUCUUCCGACGCGGCCGCGGCCGCGGCGGCCGUGGCAGCCUUGGCCCUGGUCGCCGAGCAAGAGCUUCGCAACCACAAGGACGGUUCCACGUUCCGCGGACAGCUGGACGGUCCGCACCGGGUGCACCUCGUCAAGAACGGUGCGCUGACGUCACUGGUGGCGGCGGCGGCGCGCUUCCCGCAGGACACGCCGCUCUGCCGCGCGGUGGCCGCGGGGAUCAUGUACCUGGCGGGGCCCGGACGGGAUGCGUCCGAAACAGAACUGUAUGAAACUGUCCGUUUGGUGGAAAGCACGGACGCUCGGACGUCCUUGUACGCGAGCUGCGCGCUCUGGUGCUUCGCCCGGAACCUGAAGAACCGGGCCAAGAUCGGACGGGUUAACGGGAUCCAGGCGCUCAUAGUCGCCGGCCGCCGCGUUUACGAGAGCGUUCAAUCCAAACCCUCGCAAAACCCCCCGGAUCCCGCCGACACCAAGGCGCUCGAAUUCAUCCUGGCCGCGGUGUGGCUCCUCCUAACCCAUGACGCUAACCACCAUUUCCUAGAACGGGCCGCCCAGUACAAGCCCCCGCCUGAACGAACCUACCGAUCGUCGUCGUUAGAAGGGGGGGUCAGGCUCACCGUCCACAGUAACCCCUCUUCGCCCCGGGGCCACGAGCGCGAGCCCCGGUCAUCUUUGCUAACCGAUCUGAGCAAGCUUCUCGAAACACCGCCCGAAAGGUUAUCCCAAGGAGAAAAUUCCAUAACUGAAGAAACGGAGGAACAGAUGGAACUAGAGCGGGCGGGAGAUGCUGAGGAAGAGUUGAGUCAACGAAAUGCAAUCAAUGUGUGCUCGCCUGCUACUGCCCGGCUCGGUCUUCCGGGCAGAAAAGUGAGGCCGUCGUCAGCGGGGGACAGCCCCUCUACCGGGAUACUCGGCGGGUCUGCGUCGACCUCUUUCCACUCAUCGGCUAGCGGUAGAAUUGAUCCCCGGGGCGGCAAGAAAAACGAUCACACGCUCCGACGGCAGCGGUCGCACGUUGCUCCGGUGGAAGACGUCUUCUCUCAGUUGGUCGAAGACCCAGGACCGAGGCUCCCCCGCUUACCCAAACUGCCCCAGGAUGAUCCCCCGAGCGGGCCCGGCGCGGAGGUGAAAGGUUUAGACUUCCUGGUGGGCUUAAUCGCCGUGGGGGGAAGCCUAGAGCAUCGCGCCUGGGACGCGAGCAAGUAUUUGGCGGUGAAGGCGGUCAAGUUCGCGACGCAGCAAGUGCUGGAGUUUGAACGGAAAGUGAUCGAUCUGGGGAUCGGCGCCGCAUUGGCGGCGAUUGCGAAGAACCCUGAGGCGGACGAGGGGCUGAGAAAGGUGUCCGCACGCUAUUGUCAGCAUCUGUCUGGCUUGGGUCGCAACGCGGAGCUGUUUGGGCUUGGCAACGAGUCCGUUCUGGAGGAGGUUCUGGUGAAUCUGCUCCGGAGCGGAAGGGAGCCACUGGAGGAACGUGGCGCGCGCGGGUGCGCCCAUGUGGCAAUGUACCCGGAGAACAAGGAGCGGCUCGCGCGGCUGGGCGCAAUCGAGGCGCUCACGGACCUCGCUAAGAAGACGUCGUCCCAGUCGAUCCUGGGCCUGGUCAUGGCGGCUCUCCUGAACCUGUCCACGACGCCGGCGUAUCAGGUGCCCAUUUGCCAGCAGGGCCUGUACGUCAUCCUCUCCGUCAACCGCGCGCCGCACAGCUCCGAUGACGUGCGCCGCUUCAGCACGGGCGUCCUGCUCAACCUCUGCCAGCACCCGGCCAACCGCACCAGGAUGUACAAAGCGGAGCUCCGUCUCAAAUUUCUCGACGCUGACGCAUCGGACGGCUCACGGCCGCGUUACGCUUCCACCAGCCCAGAAACCCGGCCCGCCGCCUCCAGCGACCCAACUUCGAAGGCGAAACUCCCAGGCACGGAGCUGCGGCGCACGAGCACUUCGAUGUCGAAGCGCGAGCUCAAAGGAGUGCUCUCUCGCUCGGGGACCGGUCUUGACUUUGAAAGACUCGGUUCCGACGAACGCUUGCAGAUUCUCCGGGAUUGGAGCAGCAGUAUGAAGGAGAACCGCGAACAGCUGGCCGCGGCCGCGCAGGGUUUGAAGCAGGGGUUAGCGCCCAAGCGCGGGGUUUCGUUCGCGGGCGCGUUCGCGAUCGCCGAACCCAAGCGCAGCGCCACGUCGCUAGGGUUUCGCGAACGUGAUCACGAUUCGGAGUCGGACGAAAGCUGGAGCGAGGACGAAGAAGACCCGUUCGGGCUCGAGUCCAAACGGCGCUUCAUCGAAUGGAUGCGCAGCACGUGGCACGGCAAGAAGGCGCCACGUCAGCGCCGGCGCAACCGCAACAGCGCGGAGCUGGAGGAGUACCGGGCCUGCUUCAGCCGCGAGGGCGGAACCUCUAAAGCUUCCCAGCAGAUCGCGGGCGGCGCCUCGGCGGGGGGGCUGACGACACGGUUCGCGAGACGCGGCAGCAGUUGCAUUCAGACCGUCUCACCGGGCCCAGCCGACGAAGACUCUGCGCUCAGCGGAGAAAGCGGCGCGUUAAGCGUAUCCGCUUCGUUCAGGUUGCGCCGCGCCACCGACCUGGCAGGGUUUGCGGGUUUCUCCUCCAAAACGCUGAGCCUCCAGAAGUCGGCGAGAUUUGCGGCGCAAAUUCCGGAGCCGAUUCUUGAAUCGCCUCAGGAGGGUAUUCCCGUCGUUUCGAGGUCGCCCACAAGGAGCCCUACGCCGGGGCUGCAAAAGGCGACCGGUCGACAGUCACCGGUUGGGAAGCUGUCCCGGCUGCACAGGAGCCUGACCCGCCCGGUGUCCGAAAUUUGGGACGCGGGGAAGGGAUCCCCUGGACGAGAGGGAUCCCCCUUGGGGGGCCCAACCGGCAGUCGGCAUACAGGGUGGCGACCGGAAGUCGGCGGUUACAAGAUGGAGGACGACGAAGUGACACGUGGCGCUUCAGGAGACCAUGCGGGUCUUCCAGGGCAGCGGGGUGCGGCAGCGGCCGGGGGCGCGCGAGCGCCUUCCCCAAACCCCUCGAAGGCGGGGCGCAAAUUGACGGUCAUCGUGGACCCGGAUCGGCCACGAAACCGGGUCCGUUUUGGCGAGCUGAGAACUGAGAUCAACCCGCUAGUGGAGCACCUGGACAUGUUCACACACCUCGAGGGCUGCACCUUCUGCAAGACGCUCUACUCGCACUACACGCUCCCUAACGGCGAGAUGGCGCACUUCUUCCAGCACGGCAAGCGGCUGGUGGACGAAGUCGAGAUCCCGCUCGAGCCGCCGUCCGAUCCGCCUGUCACCUUCGAGGACAUCCUCCAGACGGGCCUUCCGGGCCCGGCCCCCAUUCUGCGCGAGCUCGCGGAGAUUCCGCCGGAAGCCCUGCCCAAACCGUUCGCGCCCGCGCCGUGCCUCGCGCCCAAACCGUCGCGCCACCUUCUCCCCGUGGUUGAGCACGAUUGUCCCAACAAGGACGCCGCGCAGUGUGUCAGGCACGGCGAGCUGGAGAGUUCGAACCCGCUGUUUGUGCUGGAGGACAACGAACCGACGACCCCGACCGCGCGGGAAAGCGAGCAUCGGACAUCCAAUCAUCCCGAGUUCAAAGUGACGCGUUCCAUCUUUGCGCCGCGCAAGAAGGAGUGCGACGCGCGCUCGUACUUCCACCACGCGCGCUUGGAGGACAAGAUCUUCGAGGUCGACUGGACGCGCAUCGCCAAGAAGACGCGCUUCAUGAAGACGCUGGGCUCAGCAGACGACGUCGCGCGGCUACGCGUCGUGCUGCGGAACAACUUCAUGAACAUCAUGCACAUCUUUGACUACUUUGGCACGAUGGAAAUCAGCGAGCCAUACGCUAUCCAGCUCAAGGCAUACGACCUCUGGCUGAAGAGCAGCAAGAUCCCGGACGAGACUUCGGCUGCGUGCAAAAUGACCGACUGCGAGCGCGUGUUCAUAUCGUCCAACUACGAGUACGAUAAGAACACGCUGGAGUCCGAGAUCAACGAUGACAACUCGCUAACCCGCUUUGAGUUCAUAGAGGCGCUCAUUCGACUGGCGGUGGCCAAGUACGGGGACGUUUCGCGGAAAUUAAACACUCCGGAAGCGGUGGAGCGGUUGCUGCGCGAGCACGUGUUCCCCAACUCUCCGGUUCCGUUGGACGUCGACCAGAAUGCGUUCCGGAAGAACCAGCUUUACCGCCCCGAAAUCGAUGCUGUCUUCCGCGCGCACGAGCCGCUAUUGCGCGCGAUCUUCGGGUACUACAAGGGCAUUCGGACGAUGCCCAACAACCCCGGACGCUACAUGGAGCUGCCGCACUGGCUGGACCUAGUUUCGGACGUCCGGCUGCUGGACCCCGCGCCCGGCGCGCCCGAGACCAAGGGCCUCUUCGUCUACAGCAGAAUGCUCGUCGCCGAUGAACUGCUGGACCACGACCGCGCGGUGUCGUGCACGUUCAUCGACUUCCUGGAGAUGCUCGCGCGCAUGGCGGCGCUCAAGCGCUUUCCCGGCGACCGCGAACUAGAGCAGCGGGGCUUCGUGGGCGCCCACAAGCUGCACGCCUACCUUCUUGCCGCUCACGCCCGGACCAGCGCCCGCCAUUCGGACGAACACAGGCGGGUGCGGACGUCCGUAGCCUUCGAGCCUCAGCCGUCCGAGGGGGGGGAAAGGCCUGAGCCGUCCGCUCGAGGGGAGAAGCCACAGCCGUCCGAUCGAAGAGAGUCCUCCAUCGACGGGGAGCCGCCUCAGCCGUCCGAUGGAACGGAGAAUGCGCCCUCUUUUCACUCGUCCGAAAGGGCCUCUCGGUCGUCCGGAAGACUUUCUUCCGUCCGAUUGUCCAAGCCAAGGAUAAGCACUAUCGAGGGGGGUCCGGACGCCGCCGAAGAAAGCCCCCCCGGGGAGGUGGCAGGACGGCCGCUGCACGAGAGGCUGACUCAGCUCUUGGAUCUGAUUUUCCACCGGCUGACCAAUCUCCACGGUGUGAAGGACGUCGAACAUCUACGGAAGAAGCUCGUGGCUGCAGUAAAGGUAUAGAACCUCAUUAAUACAAGUGCUUUAGAGCGCAUGGGCACGAUUUAUAAAGUUGCGCCGUAUGCAAGAUUUGAGAGACAGUCACUGACAGGAAGUUUGGACGACAGGGGCAAGUAUAAGAUGUACAAUGAACUAGUCUUGGCAAAUGCCAAAGGACCAUGACAUUGACUUGCAACGCUGGCGCGAGUACUUUGUAAGGUAAGGAUUUCUGUAAGCGGAAACACCGCAACGCUUGAUUUACAUUUGCUGCAGUGCAAGCUUGUGCCCGUGCGGGGUACAGUUAGGGUCAGCUUACCUAUUCCGUGCAUACAGGAUUGUAUCGGAGCCGGGC